AUGCAAUCAACUAUAAAUUGUUGUUCUUGCACCGAAACUGACAAAGGAAAAGGUUUCCAAGACCUGUCACCAUCAAUACAAAAUUCAGUUAAAAAAAUUAUUACAAGCGAGGCUUAUAGGUUAUGUAAUGUUGAAAUUAAGGAGUUAAAUACGGGUGGUGGCAAUUUUCUUGCUGAAUUAUAUGAAAUUUGUAUCAAAGGAGAAACUGCUGAAGGUGAAAAGGAAAUUAAUUUAUUCGUGAAACAAAAAAUUGUACUAGAAAAUAUCAAAUUUGUUUGCAUCGACAAAGCGUAUGUAAAAGAAGAGUUCGCGUAUAAUAAAUUAUCGAAAGUUUUUACGUUAAUUCAAGAUGAGGCAAACGUGCCACCGAAUCAACGAUUUAACAUGCCCAAAUCAUAUGAAGAAACUGAUGAUAGCACGAUUAUUUUGGAAAAUUUAAAUAAAAAAGGAUUUACAACAUAUGACCGAAUGAAAUUAAUAUCAUUAAAGUAUGCAGAAUUAGGUGUAAAAGAAUUGGCAAGAUUCCACGGUCUAUCGUUUGUGAUUGAACAGAAAAUGCCUGAAUAUUUUGAGAGAAAGAUAAAAUCUUUAGAGCAUAGUUUUAAUUAUGAUGACGAUUGGAAAGUCAUGAUGAAGAAUAUAGUCAUGUAUAUAGCUAAUCUCUAUGAUGGUGAAAUAAAAACUAAAAUCCAGAAAGCAUUACCAGUUUUCAUAGAAAAGUUUCCAAAAUAUAAUAACGAUCAAACUUCGAUUAAAUGUACGUUGUCUCAUGGAGAUUUUAGAUUGAAUAACGUGUUAGUUCGAGAGGAAAAUGGUCAACCUGUAGAAGUGGUACUAGUGGACUAUCAGCUUAUUGACUUUGGAUGUCCAAUUCGAGAUUUGCUGUUCUUUAUUUUUUCUAGUACUGAUCAAGACUUUAGAAGACUACAUCUAAAUUACCUGAAGGAAUUAUAUUUCGAUACACUAUCCGAGUUUCUCAAAUACUUUAAGAUAGACGUGGAAGAUGUGUAUCCUAAAAAGUAUUUUGAUAAGAUUUACUCUGAGUGGUUAGAUUUUGGUUUAUUAGUGACAGUAUACAGUGCAGUGUUUUUAUUUGCGCCAGAAACGGGCCUGGAUUUACGAGUUCUGACACUUUCUGAAAUACCAACAGAAUUUGAUGAAGAAGUUGAUAAUAGAUUUCGUGGUCUAAUAGAUGAUUUCUUAGAAUGGGGCUAUUUG